UGGGAACGCGAACAGCGCGCGUUCAUGUGGGCACGCGCUGAGCAGCGUGCGCGCUACCGCGUCGCGUUCAGUGACUCAGUGGAAGUGUUUCGUAUCGACCGCGCUGCUCUCAGCUGCCACCCGGAACCGAGUGUCUUCUCCCCGGCCGAACAAACAUGUCCAAACUGGAGCAAAUCCUCGUCCUAGAUCCUCCGUGUGACCUGAAGUUCAAAGGUCCGUUCACAGAUGUGGUCGCCGCUAACCUGAAGUUAAAGAACCCGUCAGACAGGAAAGUGUGUUUCAAAGUGAAGACCACAGCGCCACGCAGAUACUGCGUCCGACCAAACAGCGGCAUCAUCGACCCCGGGGCCACAGUCAUUAUCUCAGUUAUGCUGCAGCCAUUUGAGUAUGAUCCCAAUGAGAAAAGUAAACACAAGUUCAUGGUACAGACGAUCUUCGCACCUGCAGCCAUCACAGACACAGAACACAUGUGGAAAGACGUGAGACCAGAUGAGCUCAUGGAUUCAAAACUCAGAUGUGUGUUUGAGCUGCCGAAUGAAAGUGAUAAAGUGAACUAUGUCGAUGCUGCUACUAAAGCCGCGCCAGCGAUCGGCUCUUCUAAAGUGGACAGUCUAGUGGCACCAAAACCCACGAGCGGCUCUCUGGACGACUCCGAGAUGAAGAAGGUUCUGGAAGAAUGCAAACGACUGCAGAUGGAGGUCGGCAAACUGAACGAGGAAAACCGCCAUCUCAAGGACGAAGGUUUGAGGCUGCGGAAGUCUCAACGCAGCGACUACAGAACGACUAACUCCAACUCUCUGAUCGGACGCGAAUCCACUGCCAGCUCACUUCCCUCGCUCCUGGUCGUCAUGGCAGCCAUCUUCAUCGGCUUCUUCCUCGGAAAGUUCAUCCUGUAGGUGGCGACGUCGGGCGGUUGCGUUUUGCCUGACGGACGAUUCUGGAGCGAGCGAACGAUCAUAUGGCCUGACGAAAGAGUCUUUCUGUUGACGUGUCCUUAUCACGAACCAUCAUCCCACGGGCCCCGUCCCAUAGGGGCCGUCACCGCGAGACUGACGGACGAUCUCUCUUUCGGGUUCAUUUCCUGUUGUCUUUUUCCAGAUGGAUGCGAGAAUCGAUGAACUGCUUUAUUUGGAGGUUUCGAAGACACGUGGCGAUCAUGAUGAUGUAGAUGAUCAUCUCAAAGACGAGUUUAAACACUAACGUAACAACAGCAAUUCGUCCCCGUCCUCCACAAACUCCAUUUUGGUUUAUUAAAAACUCAACGGAAGCGUCUGUAAAUGGCAUUCCUUGCAUCCAAACAAGAAAACAGCACAACACGGACAUUUCAACCCGUUCUGGACGGCCUUUAAAACUGCGGGACAUUUCGGCCCUUCACGGUUAGUUUUGUGGUGAUGUCAUCAGUUGGACUUGCGACACAGGUGACCGCUUCCUAAUGUACGUUUUGUUCUUUCUUCUGUUCCUAACUAUAUCGAUGCAGACUGUUGUUAUUAUCAUUUAUUAAUAAUAUGAUUCAUGUACUUUCACUCGGAACAGCAUUAAUCCACACACAUGUGCACUGAUGUCUUCACUUGACAACAUUGAAUAAAUAAACUUUUAAAAAAAACAACGUUUCUGUUUGUGUGAUUUUUAUUCCGUGAUUUGCAUCUUUCUGUAUUUUCAGUAUUUACUGUAUCGACAUUCCUGGAAUAUUCCGGUUUGGGUUCCAAACUGAAAACACUAAGAAUUCACCGUAACUCCGUUGAAACGGUUCUGUAGGUUAUUUCAGGAUUGGGUGUUCGUUCUAUUUUAGAAUUUUGGGGGUUCAAGCCCGAAUACGUAGAGAGCUGACACUUUGAGGGAAGGUAGUCCCCCGGAGUACUACAGUAACAACGUUUCGGUCCGAUCGGCUAUAGUGAUCAUGUUUAAGUUACGUUUGUUUACGCCUGUAACUCCUAAACCGUUUGUCGCACACUCAAGUUUCUUACAUCGGUGUAUUCGUUGGCUCAAGACGAACAAAACGUAUAUCUCCGAUUUCUUUUGCAUCGUGAACAUUUUCGCGCUAAUUUGCAUAAUUCAAAAAACCUACUUUUGCUAACUCCUCCUACGCCGUAUGUCCGAUUCACAUUAAAAUUGCCGUGUGUCUACUAUGAACCCUCCUGAUAAAAUGUUAUCAAAGGAAUUUUGAUUCGUCGAAGCGUUGCGAAGAUAUAAGCCAACGAAUUGGUCAGCCGUCAUCCGUUUUGAACGUAUUGACCAAUAUCUGCCAAACGAAAAGGCCAAAUCUUACGAAACUUGAUACACAUUGACAACAGGACACUCUGAGGAAGCACACAGUCGCGAAUAAUUUUGCCUUUAGGGGGCGCUACAACUAAAAACGAUAAUAACUCCUCAACCGUAUGAUCAAUUAAGUUGAAUUUGGUAUGCGUCUUGUAGGGGCCAAAGGCUAACAUAUCCUACAAUAUCAGUCGGACAAAUAAAAAAACAUGGCCGCCAGCAGCCAAUCAAAUUUCAGCAACUAAUAACAUCAAAUAUUAAUGGCCGACCGUUACGAAACUUGAGUUAUUUGUAGACAUUGUCAGAAUGAGGCUGUGUGCCAAGUUUUAUGAAAAUCGGCCACAAGGUGGCGCUAUAACAAGGACAUUUACAUUUUCGCCAAUAACGCCGCAACAGAGUUGAAUAACCUGAAAAUUAUUUGAUUCUCUAAUUCCUUGCACCAAGACCUACAAAAUGUAUAUCUUCAUUUUAUUAAAUGUUUCCGCUAUUCAAAUUUUCUAAAAAAGCAACUUUUUCGAACUCCUCCUAGGCCGUAUAUCUGAUUCUCACAAAAAUAGGUGUGUCUACUAUGAACCCUCCUGACAAAAAGGGGGCCAAAUGCAAACAUAUCCUACAAUAUGACUCUAUGACAAUAUGUGAGUGUGUGUAUAUGAGUGUGAGUGUGUGUGUGUGUGUGUGUGUGAGUGUGUGUGUGAGUGAGUAUAUGUAUGUGAGUGUGUGUGUGAGUGUGAGUGUGUGUGUGUGUGUGUGAGUGAGUGAGUGUGUGUAUAUGAGUGUGAG